CCCGAGAGCGGCUUCCAGUGCCCGCAGAAACCCUGGAGAGGCCCAGAGAGCCAGCCCCCGAAGCCCGCUCCCCGCCCCCGGCCCCCUCCCCCCUCCCCCCACCCCACUCCCCACUUCCCGGGCUUCUCCGGCCCCACCCACACCCAGGCCACAGUGACCUGGGCCCUGUGGGUCCCGGCUUCCGAGGGCGGGCAGGCGCUGGGCUCCUCAGGCAUUCCUGAAGGGGUGGAGCCUGUGGGCCUUUAUAAGGGCCGCUGGCCGGCUGGGCCGGCCUCCUGGCUGGACCUGCUCGCCCUGCACAGGCCGACUGAGGGGCACGGGAGCCCGCCGGCCUCUCUCUGCCCGUGUCUGUCGGCGGAAUUCCGGCCGGGUCUCCCCGCGAUGGCUCUCCCGACACCUGGCGACGGCGCCCUCCCGGCGGAGGCCCGAGGACGAGGACGGCGAAGGAGACUCGUUUGGACCCCGAGCCAGAGGGAGGCCCUGCGAGCCUGCUUCGAGCGGAACCCGUACCCGGGCAUCGCCACCCGGGAAGAGCUGGCCCGGGCCAUCGGCAUUCCGGAGCCCAGGGUCCAGAUUUGGUUUCAGAACGAGAGAUCACGCCAGCUGAGGCAGCACCGGCGGGAAUCUCGGCCCUGGCCGGGGAAACGUGGCCCGCAGGAAGGCAGGCGAAAGCGGACCGCCGUCACCCGGUCCCAGACCGCCCUGCUCCUGCGAGCCUUCCAGCAGGAUCGCUUUCCGGGCAUCGCCACCCGGGAAGAGCUGGCCAGAGAGACGGGCCUCCCGGAGUCCCGGAUUCAGAUUUGGUUUCAGAACCGGAGGGCCAGGCACCCAGGCCAGGGUGCCGGGGCAGCGGCGCACGCAGGCGGCCUGUGCCACGCGGCCCCCGGCGGGGGUCCCCCCGCUCCCUCGCCGGUGGCCUUCGCCCACCCCGGUUCGUGGGGGACGGGGCUUCCCGCGUCCCACGUGCCCUGCGCGCCCUGGACGCUCCCACCGGGGGCUUUCGUGAGCAAGGGAGCAGGGCCCAUCGCCCUGCUGCAGCCCAGCCAGGCCGCGCAGGCAGCCGGGUUCCCCCAUGCAGCCCCGGCAGGCGCGGAUUGGGAAUUUUCCUAUGCUGCCCUGGCGUCUCCGGAAGUGGUGCUCUCCCAUCCUCAGACUCCGGUUUGAUCCAGUCUGAUUUGGUUUUAUCCGGUUUGAUCUGGUCUGAUCCUUUCCGAUCCCAUCUGUUCCAGUUUGAUGCGGUCUGGUCCGUUUUUAUGCGGUCUUGUCCGUUUGUAUCCGGCUUGAUCCGGUCUCAUCUGGUUUGAUCCGUUUCGUUGCAGUCUUAUCUUGUUUGAUCCGGUCCAAUCCGGUUUUAUCCAGUGUGAUUUUUUCCAAUCCGGUCUGAUCCGGUUAGAUGCGGUCCGAUCCGGUUUUAUCUGGCUUGGUCUGGUUUGAUGCGGUCUGAUCCGGUUUGAUGCAGUCUAAUCCGGUUUGAUGUGGUCUGAUCCGGUUUUAUGCAUUUUGAUCCGGUCUGAUCCAGUUUGAUCCGGUUU